AUGCUCAACUCUCUGCGCUUUCAAUCUUCAAACCUCCCACCCAUUCCUUUCCCCAUCAACAACACCCUCUCACAACAACGUAACCUCUCCUUCGCAAAACCCAUCGCCCUCCCCCAACUCAUCUCUUCUUUCACCACCCACUCACCUCAACAACCGCCACAUUACAUCUCCACCGUUGGAUCUUCAUCUUCAUCGCUCAAUCCCUCUCACUCGAACCUCACUCUCCUCCAAGCCCUCGCCGUCGCGACAGCGAUAUUUACGACGUGGCUUUUUCGUUCUGCAGUUCCCACGCUUCUGGCUUUCAAGAAGGCAGCGGAAUCACUUGAGAAGGUUAUGGAUACAGCAAGAGAGGAACUUCCUGAUACAAUGUCUGCAGUUAGAUUAUCCACCAUGGAAAUCAGUGACUUAACCUCUGAACUCAGUGAUCUUGGGCAAGAGGUUACCCAAGGUGUUAGAAGCUCCACUCACGCCGUUCGCUCGGUGGAGCAGGGGCUUCGCAGUUUAACCACUAUGCCUUCUUCUUCAGCUUCUUUGCUGGGAAUGGAAUACAGCUCCAAUACUGAGCCUGAUUCGAGUGCACUAGCGGUGGGAAGAGCCGCUAGAGGUAUGAGAGAGAGUAUUAUCAAGGGUCGUUCUAUGUUGAAGAUGUUUUUCUCCCUUAUCAAAUUUUCAAGUUUUGCUCUCAACUUCCUCGCUAGACGUGGAAAAAGGUAG